CGCGAGAGUAAAAUUGGCGAACGUCGUACGUUUGAAAUCGAACCGCGAGGACGAAGUACUUCGAGUGACCCUUUCCGCGGGUAUUGUUGCUGGAUUGUUUGUUUCCGAUCGACCCAUUCUAAUCGUCCGCAAAAGUGCAAUCAAAAUCAAACGCUCACGAUGAUGCUAGCCAGUGCCGUGCGCAAUCUAUCGCGCCGAUCCUUUUCGACCUCCAAGGUACUAGCAGCCCAGCAGCUGACCGUCCGCGAUGCCCUCAACGCCGCGCUCGACGAGGAAAUGGAACGUGACGAGAAGGUGUUCCUGCUGGGCGAAGAGGUGGCACAGUAUGACGGGGCAUACAAGGUUUCCCGUGGAUUGUGGAAGAAGUACGGAGAUAAGCGCGUGAUCGACACACCGAUCACGGAAAUGGGCUUCGCCGGUAUUGCUGUCGGUGCGGCGAUGGCCGGUCUACGACCAGUGUGCGAGUUUAUGACAUUCAACUUUUCAAUGCAGGCCAUUGAUCAGGUCAUUAACUCAGCCGCGAAAACAUUCUACAUGUCAGCCGGUACUGUGAACGUCCCGAUUGUGUUCCGCGGACCGAACGGCGCCGCCGCCGGUGUUGCCGCACAACACUCGCAAUGCUUCGGUGCUUGGUACUCGCACUGCCCCGGACUGAAAGUUGUAUCGCCAUACGAUAGCGAGGAUGCCAAGGGUCUUCUGAAGGCAGCCAUUCGUGACCCCGAUCCGGUAGUUGUGCUAGAAAACGAAAUGGUAUACGGUGUAAGCUAUCCAGUUUCGGAUCAGGUGCUGGACAAAAACUUCGUUCUGCCAAUCGGGAAGGCGAAGAUUAUGCGCCCGGGUAAACACGUGACCCUAGUGGCCCACUCGAAAUCGGUUGAAACUGCCAUGCAAGCGGCGAACGAACUGGCCGGUAAAGGCAUCGAAGCCGAAGUAAUCAACCUACGAUCACUACGUCCGCUCGAUUCGGAAACGAUCUUCAAGUCGGUGCAAAAGACUCACCACCUAGUGACGGUGGAGCAGGGAUGGCCGCAAAGCGGCAUCGGGUCGGAAAUUUGUGCACGAAUUAUGGAACAUGAGACGUUCUUCCACUUAGAUGCCCCUGUUUGGCGUGUAACUGGUGUUGAUGUGCCAAUGCCGUAUGCCAAAACGCUUGAAGCCGCUGCCCUGCCACAAGUACCUGAUGUAGUGAGUGCCGUCAAUAAGGUGCUAGGUGUGAAGUAAAGCAAAUCUCAGCCACUCCAUCCGGAGCAUCACCGAACCUCCUUUAAGACCCAGUCGAGCAUACCAAGUAGCGUCGGUUCAUUGUAAAGUAGGUGUGCAAUGUUUGUAAUUCGGACAUUUGGCACAGAGUUCAUUUUUUCUUAUGUACACGCAUAUACAGCUGAUUGGGAAGUUGUUUAUAUUGUGCUGCAGUUUAAACACCUUCCAGAUCAAGUACCAUCACGAAAAAUUUAAUUGAGCGAUCAGCAAACGUCGUAAUCUUCAUGAUGUGCACUAGCGAAAAGAGAAAUGAUCAUGAAUUCGCGAACCUAUUGCUAAUUUAUUAAUCUUUGGUGUAGUUUAUUUCUUUUAUCUUUUCGACCACCCGCUCCCGCAUCGAACAUAAGGGCCUGAACGUAACUGAACAGAUAACCACAACUUUUAAACUUAACCACCCACAUUACAAAACCUCUUAACCAUUGCCAUCAGCGAUCGCUGUGACGCCGUGUAUUAAAAAACCAUGUCAAAAACAGCAAAAAAACAGCCAUCGCAUUAAAAUAACGAAUACCAAGAAUCAAUCGCGUCAGUUCUACGUACACAAAUUUGUAUAUAAACUAGCCACGAGAUAAUGUAUCCGUAAAGAUUCGUCCAUCGAAAUACAGGACAGUUACGCCAAGACACGACGGUGGCCGAACGGAGAAAGCAUUAGAACAGCAAUGAAAUCUGCCUUUCGUAAGUAAGAAGUGAAGCUGGGUCAAAUAAAUUUAGUUGAAAAAAACUUCUC